AGGAGCGAGGCAAAUUACGCAGCUGCGAGGCUCAUCCCUCCCUCCCUGCCUGCCUCCAUCCCUGUCCCUGCCUCCCUCCAUCCCUCCCUGCCUCCAUCCCUGCCUCCAUCCCCAUCCCUGCCUCCAUCGCCGCCGAGGAGCCGAGCCGCGCAGCCCCGCCGCACCCAUGGAGGCCGGCGCAGGUCGCUGAGGCCGCCGGCUGGCCCUGCCGCCCCGCACCGCCGGGGGGGCUCCGUGCAGUUCCCCCGUGCCAAGGACCCGCGGCACCGCGGCCAUGUCUCUGCCGGGGAGCAGACGCUCGUCCACCGGAUCCCGAAGGCGCCCCUCGCCCCCCGGGAGGGACACCUACGGCACCUCCUCGCUGAGCAGCAGCAGCAAUUCUGGCUCCUGCAAGGGCAGCGACAGCAGCCCCACCCCAAGGCGCUCGGCCAAGUACAACCUGUGCAGCGACAACCACGGCAUAAAGCCGCCGACGCCGGAGCAGUACCUGACGCCCCUCCAGCAGAAGGAGGUCUGCAUCCGGCACCUCAAGGCUCGCCUGAAGGACACGCAGGAGCGGCUGCAGGACAGAGAUGCUGAGAUCGAGGACCUGAAAACGCAGCUGUCGAGGAUGCAGGAGGACUGGAUCGAGGAGGAGUGCCACCGCGUGGAGGCCCAGCUGGCGCUGAAGGAGGCGCGCAAGGAGAUCAAGCAGCUGAAGCAGGUCAUCGACACGGUGAAGAACAACCUGAUGGAGAAGGACAAGGGGCUCCAGAAGUACUUCGUGGACAUCAACAUCCAGAACAAGAAGCUGGAGACGCUGCUGCACAGCAUGGAGAUCGCGCAGAACGGGGCGCUGAAGGAGGAGGGGGCCGGCGAGUCGGCGGGGGGGUCCCCUGCCCGCUCCCUCACCCGCAGCUCCACCUACACCAAGCUGAGCGACCAGGCGGCCGGGGACCGCAACGUGGGCGGCUCGCAGACCAUCUCGGUGGACGAGGGGGCCGACAGCGGCUUCGCGGGGGCGGACGAGGCUCCCGGCCGCCCGGACUUGCUGGAGGGAGGGGAGCCGUGCGCCCGGCUGCCCCCCAGCUCCACCUACGAGAAGCUGCUGGGGCUGCGGGGCGGCGUGGAGGCGGGCGUGCAGGCCAGCUGCAUGCAGGAGCGGGCCAUCCAGACGGACUUUGCGCACUGCCAGCCCGACCUGGACACCCUCCUGGAGAAGGUGAUCAAGUCCCAAGCUUGCAGCUUAGGCAGCCCCACCUCCGCCUGGGUCUCCGAGUUGGAAGACGUGGCGCCCGGCUGCGAGCCCCCGAACCCCGCCGGGGCCACGGACCUGGUGGCCGCGGACCCCGAGGCCGUGCCGGCGGAGGCGGGGACCCCCCGCAACAACCCCACCGUGCAGCAGCCCCACGGCGCCGGCCCGUCCGUGGCCAUCGCCUGCGCGGCGGCGGCGGAGGAGGAGGCGGCGGCGGAGGCGAGCUGCGAGGCCGCCCCGGCCAAGAGCUACUGGAGCCGCCACUUCAUCGUGGAUCUGCUGGCCGUGGUGGUGCCGGCGGUGCCCACGGUGGCCUGGCUGUGCCGCUCGCAGCGCCGCCAGGGCCAGCCCAUCUACAACAUCAGCUCGCUGCUGCGGGGCUGCUGCACCGUGGCCCUGCACUCCAUCCGCAGGAUGGGCUGCCACGCCGUCGGCACCCCUGGGGGCAGCGCCCAGCCCUGACCCCCCACCCCAAAAAACACCGCCGCCGCCACCGCCGCCCCCCAUGCCCGCCCCCACGGACCCGACCGCUGAUUGUAAAGCCCCGUGCCGGCGUUGUCCCUGCUCCUGGGGGAUGUGGG